GAUAGCCUGGAGAAGAUGAAGGCUAUUUACACAUCUUUCCUGACCAACUCCUACUGGUCCACACUGAAUCUGAACCUGAGCCAGCCCCCUGCAGAAAAACCCCCUCGUAGUCACAGCAGCAGCAGUAGCAGCAGCAGUAGCAGUAGCUGUGGAAGUGGAGGCUAUGACUGGCACCAAACAGCUAUGGCUAAAACUCUUCAGCAGGCCUCGCAGAACCACCACAACCGACUGGCAAUGGUUCACCAUCCCACAGUGGCCGUAUCCACAGCAUCCACAGAACACAACCUCUUUAGUACCGUCCAGCUGUACAGGCAGAGCUCCAAGCUUUAUGGCUCCAUAUUCACUGGUGCUAGCAAGUUCCGCUGCAAGGACUGCAGUGCAGCUUAUGAUACGCUAGUGGAGCUGACUGUGCACAUGAAUGAGACAGGCCAUUAUCGUGAUGAUAACCAUGAGACAGAUGGUGCGGGAACUAAACGGUGGUCGAAACCCAGAAAGCGUUCCUUGCUAGAGAUGGAGGGCAAGGAGGAUGCACAGAAAGUCCUGAAGUGCAUGUACUGUGGGCACUCCUUUGAAUCCCUCCAGGACCUAAGUGUCCACAUGAUCAAGACGAAACACUAUCAGAAAGUGCCUCUGAAAGAGCCCGUUACACCAGUGGCAGCUAAGAUUAUCUCCUCAGCUCGAAAAAGAGCCCCUAUUGACCUAGACAUCCCCAGUUCACCUGACUCUAACGGAGGCACCACACCUAAGCCCACCUCCCUCAAUGACUCUAAUGACAUACUCCAGAAGGCCACAAACCCUUACAUCACACCCAACAACCGCUAUGGACACCAGAACGGUGCCAGCUACGCCUGGCAGUUCGAAUCCAGGAAGUCACAGAUUCUCAAAUGCAUGGAGUGUGGCAGCUCUCAUGAUACACUGCAAGAGCUUACAGCUCACAUGAUGGUGACUGGACACUUUAUUAAAGUCACCAAUUCUGCUAUUAAGAAAGGUAAACCCAUCAUAGAGCCGCCCACCCCAGUUCCCAUCAUUAACUCAACAAUUGAGGAAAAGUUUCAGUCAGUUCCUCUGGCUGCCACAACCUUCUCCCCACCACCUGCCCCAGUGCCUCCUCCAGCCAGCAUCUCCCCUACUGCCAUGGUUGUGGAGAUAAAAAAGGAGGAGAAAGAGGAGGAAUGCACUAAAGAGUCCACCAUCAACAAUGGAAACAAUGUCAACAAAGAGAAGAGGGCCGGAGGCGAUGAUGAGGCUGAGGAGAAAUUUGAUAUUUCUUCAAAAUACAGUUAUCUGACUGAGGAUGAUCUGGUUGACAGUCCAAAAGGGGGUCUAGACAUCCUUAAGUCCUUGGAGAACACAGUGACCUCAGCCAUCAACAAAGCUCAGAAUGGAGCUCCAAGCUGGGGUGGAUAUCCAAGUAUCCAUGCUGCCUACCAGCUCCCGAACAUAAUGAAGCUCUCUCUAGGAAACUCCGGGAAGAGCUCUCCCCUUAAAUACAUGUUCCCUGGAGGGGAUAUUCUGUCUCCCACCAGCAAGAGCCUACCGUUGAUCUCCCCUCCAAGCCGCCAGAACUCUCCUCUCGCCAAGAACAACUUCCAUGCUAUGGAGGAACUGGUCAAAAAGGUGACAGAGAAAGUAGCCAAGGUAGAGGAAAAAAUGAGGGAGCCAAUUGGUGUUGUAAAGGCGUCUCCUCUGAGACGUACAACACCUUCACCCUGCAACAGUGAAGCAGGGGACUCAGCCAGAGGUGAGUCCCCCAAAGAAAGUAGAGCAGGAGGCUGUAAAACUCCUGAGAAUACGGGUGGAGUGGAAAAAAAUGGAGUAGAAUCCACUGGUGUGACAUCCCCCCUGUCUGCGUCCCUGUGUGGCAGCACAGCCAUCAUCACAGACCAUCCACCUCCAGAGCAGCCAUUCGUCAAUCCUCUAAGUGCUCUGCAGUCUGUAAUGAACGCCCACCUGGGAAAAGCUUCUAAGCCUGCCCUGCCCUCCCUUGACCCCAUGAGCAUGCUGUUCAAGAUGAGCAACAGCCUGGCAGAGAAAGCAGCAGUGGCUGCCUCCACCCCACCAACACAGACCAAAAAGCCCAGCAACGACCACUUAGAUCGCUACUUCUACCAGCAACAUCUAAGCAAUGACCAACCCAUAGAUCUCACCAAAGGCAAGACUGCUGACAAAAACGGCAGUACGUCCUUCAUGUCCACUUCCCCUCUGAGGGAGAACGCCCUGUCAGACAUCUCUGACAUGCUGAGGAACCUGACAGAGAGUCAAGCGGUCUCCAAGUCCUCCACACCUACCAGCCUGUCCGAGCGCUCCGACAUUGAAGGUGCCACGCAGGAUGAUAUGGAAGACAUCUCACCAGCCCAGAAACGUAAAGGCCGCCAAUCCAACUGGAACCCUCAACACCUCCUCAUCCUACAAGCCCAGUUUGCCUCCAGUCUGAGACAAACAAACGAUGGCAAGUACAUGAUGUCGGACCUGAGCCCACAGGAAAGAAUGCACAUCUCCCGUUUCACAGGCCUCUCGAUGACGACAAUAUCCCAUUGGCUGGCUAAUGUCAAAUACCAGCUGAGGCGAACUGGUGGCACCAAGUUCUUGAAGAACUUGGAUUCGGGUCACCCGGUGUUCUUCUGCAGUGACUGCGCCUCCCAGAUCCGCUCGCCGUCAACCUACGUCAGCCACUUGGAAUCCCACUUGGGCUUUCGUCUGCGAGACCUGGCCAAGCUUUCUGGGGAGCAGCUGCUCAGUCAGAUAACGCACCAACACCAUCAGCAACGCCAUGCCAAAGGACUGUCUGAAAAACUGCUCUCUAACCUUCACCCAUCCAGCCACCCUCUUGGGUCUGUGUACCAGUGCAAGCUCUGCAACCGGACUUUUGCAAGCAAGCACGCGGUCAAGCUUCACCUGAGCAAGACUCAUGGGAAGUCCCCUGAGGACCAUCUCAUGUAUGUGUGUGAGCUGGAGAAACAGUAG